CUUUCCCGCUUUUUCUUGGAGUUAUACCAAUAAUAUUGUGUAAAUAUUAUACAUUGUUAUCACGUGAACCGUUUUUCUCGUUUUAUGUCGGUAUCAAGCAAUACCGUCCAUUAUGAACUUGAAGACCUAGAACUCUAUUUUCACUUGCCGCCUGUUGAUAUCAAUCACUAUGGAACCAUUAUUGCCAUCUGAAGUAGCUCGUCUAGUAUUUGGUUAUCUGAAAAAAGAAAAAAAUGAAGAUGCUGCAGAAUGUUUUUUAAAAUCCUCUCCUCAUUUGACUGAAUGUUAUAAAAUGUUUAAAUCUAACAAAAACUUUAAUCUAAAAGUUAAUGGAUUUAAUUUGAAUGACAUAUUUGACAUUUUUGGAACUAUGUGUAGCAUGAUUAAUGAACGAAUAUCUGAAGCAUGUGAAUCUAAAACAUUAAUUGAACAAUUACAAUAUUUAUUAGAUGCUAAUCAUAAACCAACAAAAGAAGAUAAAUGUGUUGAAACAGAAUUAAAUGUUGUUGACAAAUGUAUUAGUUGUAUAAUCACUACUGAAAAUAAGAGUACUCUAACAAAUGAAGAAACUAAUAAUAGUAUUACCAAAGUAUUAGAAAAUCCAUCUUUUACAGAAAUAAUUUCUAGUGAUAUGUCUAAAACUAAUAAAAACACAAUUAAUAAUGAAAUAAUUAAUAUAAACAUUAAAGAUAGUAAAAAAAUCGAAGAAAAUAUUGUUAAUCAGCCUGAAUACCAACAAAUACCAGAAGCAACAUCACUAGAAUCAAUGCCUGGUUUAUCAAAAGGAGAUACAAAAGAAAUCAAAGAUAAUUCUGUAGUUAUUGAUACUGGUGAAUUAGUAGAUACAUUUUUAAAUGACCAGAGCUUAUUAGAAAAAAUUGCAGACAAUAUAAAUAAAUCUAUUGAGACUCAAAGAGAAGCUGACGAUAAUAUACAAAAUUGUAAUACAUUGGAUCCUCCCACACUUGAAAAAGCAUUAGAUUCUACUCAGUCUGAUCCACAAAUUAAAAAUAUACUGGAUGAAUUUUUAGUUUUUAAUGUUGACAAUUCUGAUGAUGGUAAAAAAAAAUGUAACCAACAAAAUCAACAAAGUACUAUAAAAUCUCGUUUACGUAGUGCCAAGAAAAAAGAUGAUGCCCCAAACAAAUCAAAAAAAAGUAAUUCUUAUACCCCAAAACACAAUACUAAUGAUAAUAAUGAUUGUAAGAAAAGUGAUGAUAGUAAUAUUGUAUUGGUACAUGAAGGUAAUAUUAAAACAUUAUUUGAAUCUUGUGAUUUAUUAUCCAAUCAAAUUCUACUACAAUCAAACAACUCUAAUGUUGGGCAAUCGUUUAAUUUUGAGACUAAAGAGAUGGAAUCAGAAGAAGACUAUAAUGGCAGAGCUAACUAUGUGAAAAUAGCUCCAAAAAUGACUCCAAUGUUGAAGGCACACCAAGUUUCUGAAAAACAUAUUUUUCCUAGAAGAACAAGACGGUCAUUAGAACAAUUUGGUAUCAGGAGCAAAUUCAAGAGAACCAAUAUAACAUCUAUGCAACCAACUGGAAUACUUCAGUCUCCUCAAUCAAUUGUUAUUGAAGUUCCUAGUCAAAGUUCAAUUGAAAAUCAAACAAAAAGUAAUUUAGAUGUCAAUAUUAUCAAAUUACCAGAUAUGAAUAAAAAAUCAUCUCAUGUAAAAGAUAUAAUUACUCAUGAUACACCAGAUGAUAGACAAAUACCUCCCAAAAAUAAAAGUUUGAGUACACCUCGAAGAAGAAGCACUCAUAUCAGAUGUUUAGAUUUCAGUACACCACAGCCUAAAAAUAUAGAUCGAGAUAAUGCUCGUUCAAAACUUUUUUGUGAUAGUCCAAAAAUAUGUGAAAAAAUUGUAGAAGAAUCUAUUUCUAGUCCAUUGCCAAAACUUCAAGCUGAUUGGGGUUCAGUCAAUGGAUUUGAAUCUAUUGUUAAAAAAGAAAAAACUAAACAUUGGGAUACUGAUAUUAGAGAGAUGGUGGGAGCUGGAGUUUUAACAUCAGAUUCUGAUGGAAGAAAAACAAAAAAAAAGAAAACACCUAGAAAAAAAAUUAAGCCAGUCAAUGAUAAAAAUAAUUCUGAAAUUAUGAUCGAAAAACAAAAUAAAACAAAUAAUAGUUCAGGUCAAUCAAAUGAAUCAAAUAAUAUUGAAACAUUUAAAUCAAAUACGCCCGAAAAUCAAUUAAAUUUAGACGAGGAAAACUGUAAUAAGCCACUAUUGAAUGAACAAAAAUCAUUAAAGAAGCCAAAUGAAAUUCCUAUUUUGUUAAAAUCCUCCGAUAAAAUAGUUACCGAGUUAUUUAAUGAACAACCAUCAAAUAAGUCUGAUUCUUUGACUAAUAUUGAUCAAGUAAAAUCACUAAAAACCCAAAGCAAAUUUCCUCAUUCUUUGGAAACUCCAAAUGAAAUAGUUUCAGAGUUAUUUGAUGAAAAAUCAUUAAAUAAAUCUGAUUCUUUGAAACAUAUUGAUAGCUUAAAAUCUUUGAAUAAUCAAAGUAAAUUUCCUAUUUCAUUGGAAACUCCUGAUAAAGUUACAGAGUUAUUAAAUGAGCAACCAUCAAAUAAUGAUAAUGGUUCUAUAAAAAGCUUUAUUGACCCAACGUUAUUAAAACCUCAAACUGAAUUAGUUUUUUCAUUGGAAACUCCAAAUAAAAUUAUGGAAAUGUGUGAUGAGAAAUCUUCAAACAAAUCAGAUUCUUUAAAAAAUUUUGAUAAUUCAAAAGCAUCGGAAAGCCCAAGGGAAUUUCCUAUUUCAUUAGAAACUCCAUGUAAAACAACAGAAAUUUGUAAUGAACAACAAUCAAUUACAAAUGAUUAUUCAAAAAGUCCUUGUAAUAUUCAAAAUAAUCUUAACCAAUUAAAUACUAUAGAAAAAGAAGCAACUAUCUCAUGUAUUUCAAAAACCGUACCAGAAACAGAAAAUAUGAAUAAAAAAACAGAAUCCAACUUUUUAGAAACAUUUAAUAAUCAUAAUUUAUCUAAAGAAAAUUUAGAUAGUCAGACUUCACUUAAUAUCAAAACAAAUAACUCAAAUCAAGUAAAUAGCCCUAUAAAACUUAAUAACAUUCAACCAGUUAAACAAAAAAUUUUUGAAACCCCAUACAAAUGUGAUGAUUCUGCUGUUGAUGUACCCGAAACUCCAAUUUCAAAACUGAUAAGAGAGUAUGAUCCAAGUAAACUUAUGACACCAUUACCAUCUACACCUGUACAUUUUGACGAUUCUUUGUCGGAAACUCCUUUGACAAAAGUAUUCAGAGAAACUUCAUAUCUAAAUCGACCUCCAAUUUCGCCAUUUCCACCUACUCCAGGGAAUUCGAGGUCUGUUGAUACUUUAAUUCAACCUGAACAAGGAAAUUCUAAUACCAUAAUAGAAUAUUUAGAAAAACCUAAUCAGUCAAAUAUCAAUAUUGAAAAUCCAACCAAUGUCAAAAAAGUUAAAACUUUACCUCUUAAAACCAAGACAAAACUUUCAACUAAAACCAAAAUAAAAAAUGGCUUAAAAGGAAAAAGUGUUGAAGCUAAAAAAAAACAAGUGUAUGAAUCUGUUAAAGUUGAAUUAUUUGGAAGUGAAAUUACUUCAAGUUCAAGUGCAGAUGAAUUAGAAAAGACCAAAAACCAACAUAAAACAAUAGUAAUAAAUAAAAAAAACCAAGGAGCAGAAAAAAAAUCUGGUUUUAAACCAAUUCCUAAAAGAAAAUCAAUGCAGGCUCCAACUUCUCUAGUUAAUGGUUUUGAAAAUCCUUCAUUGAAUGAAAUCAAUACAAUACUUAAUAAUUCAAUGAAACCAGCAAUAGAACAGAAAAACAAUAGUACGUUGCAUAAAAUCGAUAAAAUAUCAAAUAUUAAACAAUUAAACAAAUCAAAAAAGUCUAUGGUGCAUUUUGAUGAUCCAGUAGAACAAUAUAUUAAUCAAUCUACAAAGUUAAAUACAUCUAUAACUAGCAGUACAGCUGUUAGUAAAAUAAAAAAUAAAAUUGUUGAUGACAAUUGCGAACCUUUGGUUGGUUUAAGUAGGUAUUUAAACCAACCAUCUUCAUUUUAUGAGUGUAAUAGUACAAAAAAAAGUGGAUCAGCUGAAAAAAUAGCUAAGAUUUCUAAACUAAAUAAUAGUGAUUCAAAUAUUAAUUAUUCUGAAUUUCAUAAUGAAAUUAAAUCCAGUGAAAACUUAUCUAUAACUUCUCAAACUUCUUUUAUGGAUAAAACAAAAACACAUCAAAUUAGUGAACAAAAAAUUAAAUCAUUUGAAAACUGUUCAAUGUUUGGAAAUGAAAAAGAAAAUAAUAAAUCAUAUUCACCAAUAGAUUCUAUUCAAUCUUCAUCUAUUUAUACUAAGACUGCAAAUCAGGAUUGUAAUUCUAAGAAUAAAACGAACAAUACAAGUAUUCAAAACUCUAAUUCAUCUGUCAAUAAUAAUAUGAUUAACACUUCUUGUAUUACUGUUGGACAUAACAAUGAAUUGAAAAAGGUUUAUAAUUCAGUAGAUAAUAUUGAAUAUCUAAAAACACCUAAAGUAUAUGAAGUUAUUAGCGAUGACGGUGAACAUCAGUUGGUAAAUUUGCAAUUAACUGAGCCAUUCAGUCUUCUUGAUAUACCUUCAGAAUUAAACAAUGAACAACCAUCCAAUCCAAAUUGUUCAUCAUUUAUAACAACUAAAGAAUUGGAUGUUACUCCAGAGAUUGAACCUGGCGAAUUAAAAAAAGAUGAUAGCCCCAUACCUGUGACUAGCACUCCUAAAGAUGCUAUUGUAAAAAGUGAAGAAAGAAAAAAUAGAUUUAGAAGAAGCCCCUCAUUUUGGGAAGACUCUAUUCAUAAUUACCCAGUUAAUCAUAGAGAUGAUAGAUAUAGAGAAUCAAACAGUUGGCAAAGUAAAAGUAAUCGAGAUAGAAGAUAUGAUAAAAAAUACAGGCAAAAUUCUCGACAUCAUGAUGACCGAUCACAAUUUACUACUUUUAAUCGAUAUAGUCAAAGGAGCCAUCAUAUGAACAUAAAAAAUGAGUUUCGUGAUGAUGGAGUAAGAGAUAAAGAUAGAUUUAAACAUAAAGAUGAUAAAAGACGAAGCUACCGUGAUGAUCGUAAAGGAAGAGAUCGAUUAGAUGAAUCUGAAAGAUUUUCAAUUACACAAAGAAUAUCACAGAAUGAAUCUCAAAAACUCAGUAGAGCAGAUGAUAUUGUAAAGAAAGCUACCAAAAGGCCUGCAAAUCGAACAGAUCAUAAUGAGAUUCCACCAAAAACAUCUAAAGUUGAACAUCAACGAUUGCUAAAGAAUGUUAAUGUUGAUGAUUUUUUGUCAGUAGUACAUGGUCAAAAAUGAAAUAUUUUCUGUAAAGUUGAUAUAUUCAAUGUACAUUUUAUACUUUUGAUAUAAUUGCAUAUU